CCUCACUGUCAGCUGCGCAGCGCAGCCGCCAUUUUCUCCUCCUCAGCGGAUCCGAGUAGAAGCGUCGAACCGAGCUCCCGUGCCGAACCGAUUUCUCAAACCCGCUCCACUCUCACCGAGCUUUAGAUAGCGAUGCCGGCCCAUCCGCUGCGUGUCGCGGUCGUGUGCUCCAGCAACCAGAACCGCAGCAUGGAAGCGCACAACAUCCUGAGCAAGCGAGGGUUUGACGUGCGUUCCUUCGGCACAGGAACCCACGUGAAACUCCCAGGACCCGCUCCGGACAAACCCAACAUUUUCGACUUCAAAACCACUUACGAGCAGAUGUACAACGACCUGGUCCGUAAAGACAAGGAGCUAUACACACAGAACGGGAUCCUGCACAUGUUGGACCGCAACAAGCGCAUUAAGACACGGCCCGAGCGCUUCCAGAGCUGCAAAGAGCAGUUUGACCUGGUGAUCACGUGUGAGGAGCGUGUGUACGACCAGGUGCUGGAGGACCUGAACUCUCGUGAGCAGGAGACCUUCCAGCCGGUGCACGUCAUUAAUGUGGAUAUUCAGGACAAUCACGAGGAGGCUACGCUGGGGGCCUUCCUCAUCUGUGAGCUCUGCCAGUGUAUUCAGCACACGGACGACAUGGAGAACGAGAUCGAUGAGCUUCUGCAGGAGUUUGAGGAGAAGAGCCACCGGCCGUUCCUUCACACCGUCUGCUUCUACUGACCGCGCGCUCGUUUUCACGCAGAAACUGACGCGACACGCACAUCCAGCGCGACAGGACUGUAACCCUUUGGCUGGCAGUCGCAUGUUUCUCUCUCAUUCUGUUUACCGCCAACACAGACCUCAGACGGGAAGAUCGUCACCGUGGCGCUACGCUAGCUCUGACGCAACGCAAACUCUGAGGGUUUGGUUUCGAUGAGCGUACGUUGACUUUGAGCGCUGUAAAUGGAACUGAAGGAACAUCGCGAGAGAACGAAACGGUUCUUGAGUAAAUCUCGCGCUGUCGCGAGAACCUGCUUUGAGCGUUUAGGACCUGCGACAAACCCGUUAGCGAUUAAACCCUAACGAGUCUGUUCCAGCUGGACACUGACUGUAUCUGAUCACGUGGUUAUUUAGAGGAUGUAAUGUUUCGUAACUCUGGCGGACGGGAUGUGUUAUCUUUUGGUUUUCUCAUGAAUUUAUUUCAGCGUUAUUUAAAGAUGGGAUUUGAUACCUGUUGAGCAUAUUGUUUUGUUUUCCUUUGAUUUUGUAAAUGAAAAGAUGAUUCUAUAAUUGUACCUGAAGCAGCCCAGAGUGCCUGAAAUUAUUCUUGUAAAUAUUGCGCUAUGAAUGAAUGAAUAAAGCGUCGAUGAAUCUCA